CGCUCACUGGCACCGCGCAAGGGCGAAACAUAUGGCGAAACACACGGCGGUUUCGGGCGUGACCUUGGAGAAGGCAAAGUCUUCGGUUUUUAAGCGUUGAUUUGUCGAUUUGAGCAAGUUCGCAGUUCUUUCAGAGCAAAGAAACUGUGCUAUAAUAUGCCAGACAGAGUGGCAGCCUGCACGGAUGAUCCUCGCAGUUUAGGCCAAAUACCUUGCUCAAGCCAUUUGGGUUCAGUUUUUGUAGUCCGGAGUCCAAUUUGUCCUUUUGCGUAACCUUUUUGCCAAAUGAAGGUGGCGCCAAACGACGAUUCAAUGAAGAUGAAGACGCAGAAGGGUGGCAGAUUGAGUGGCCUCUUAAGGAGCUAUUGGUGGGAAAUCGUUAUGUGUUUUAUUGCCUAUUGUGACGUCCUCUUUCACAUACUUGAGCUGGAUGCCAGGGCCGCAGGCAACUCGUCGGAAUUCUUGAUCCUGAUGUCUGUGUGCCUGGUCUUCCAAAGCUGUGAGGUGCUGAUGGAGCUCCUUUGCUUUGGCCCCAGAAGCAUGGUUUUCAACUGGACCUUCCGUUUGCACCUCUCAGCAGUCCUAUUUGGGUUCCUUGAGAUGGUGUUCGGCUUCUCGAUUGCUCGGCCAAUCGUAGAGGUCGGGAGGAUCAUUCUACUUCUUGGGAGCAUCCGGGGGCUUGGAAACGCAUCCUUGAUCCCCAAAAAGGCGGCUGUAGUGCAGUUGUGCUUUGGCUUUAUGGAGGUGUACUUGCAGAUGACUGCUUGGGCCAUGGUGAUGGUUGAAGUUGUGUACCUCCCUUUGAAGGAAAGUGAGGGAACUCGGCACGAUGGCUUCGAGUGCCAUGAUCAUUGUCCCACCACGGUGUUUAGUGCGACCCUGCUUAUCUUCGAGUUGGUGGUCCCAGGUGAGUGGGGUGUGGCGGGAAUCAUCAUCCGCCUCUACCCGGGAACUUGGAGUGUAUUCAUCGCCUCCAUGCUCUGCGUUCUCAUCCACUUGAUCAACGUGUUGGUCAGCGCCUUUGUGGUGAUAUACAAGUCGAAGGGACCGGAGAUCAAGGAGAAGGUGGUGGCAAACAUCCUUGACGACAUGGACCAAGGGACCGGAGAGCUUACCCUGGAUCAGCUCUUAGAAGGUGCAGCCAGCUUUGCAGCUUUUCAGCGCCUCCUGCGUGUGUUGGACAUGGAUGAGAAUGAUUUACGCCACCUCUUCAACUUUAUGAGUGGCUCCGACUCUGCUGUGAAGAGUGCAGAGUUGGUAAAACUCCUCAGCGGCUGGCAGCAAGAGUCGGCAUCAUCCGUCAGGUUUCAACACUGCAGCAUUCGGCAAAGCAUGCGCCUUCGUGAGGAUUUCCGGAAGUUGGAAGCCAAAAUGGAAGGAAUGAGUGGGUUGGACUCCAAGAUCGAGGAGCUCCUGGCCCACUUGCGCCCCAUUUCUCCUCCUCAGCCGAAGGCUUGAGGGUGAUGUGGCGGGUGUGAGUUCAGACUGAGGCUCUUUUUUGCUUGACUGAGUCACCUAAAUAGGUGUCUCUGAGAAAGGAUUUUUCAAUCUUUGGGAUUCCUGACUUUGUGGAGUCUACAGUACUUGAUAGACUUUCACUUCUACCGACCAAGCCAGGCAAGCCAGGCAAUAUGAACGACAGGAGUCUGGGACACCUCGGAUUUCUCCUUGCUUUUCACCGCACAAGCUCACUGAGCCUAGACCCACACAUGCCCAAAA